UCAGACAACCAAGAUUAUCCAUCAUCAAUCAACGGUCAUUCCGCCAGAUUUGUCCUCAAGCCCCAAAAAGAACCAAAAGGGAAAACCCGCAAAAAAAAAUAAAAAAUCACCUCUUUAUUAUUUGCCGAUCGUACCGCUCCUUCAAUCUCCUCUGAUUCUUCAAGAUUCCGACGUCUUCUCCGAUUAGUCAACUUGUGCGAAACCAUUUGCGGAUUCGUGAGUUUGUUCUCUCAAGAUUGAGAGUCGUAGGGAUAUGUUUGGACGGUGAAGGACUGACUUUUUUCCUCCUAAAUUUGUAAAUGGGUACUCCAGUAAAUAUCAUUGUUGGGAGUCAUGUUUGGGUUGAAGACCCAUCUGUUGCUUGGAUAGAUGGACAAGUAACUAAGAUAAAUGGAAAUGAAGUUGAGAUCCAGUUGUCUGAUGGGAGGACGGUCGUUGAGAAAUUGUCAAAGAUCUAUCCCAAAGAUGAAGAAGCUCCUGCUGGUGGAGUGGAUGAUAUGACGAAAUUAUCAUAUUUGCAUGAGCCUGGAGUACUGCAGAACAUAGCUGCAAGAUAUCAACUCAAUGAAAUCUAUACUUACACUGGAAGUAUUCUUAUCGCCAUUAAUCCAUUCCAAAGACUACCUCAUAUAUAUGAUUCCAGCAUGAUGGAACAAUAUAAGGGAGCUCCAUUUGGGGAAUUAAGCCCUCAUGUUUUUGCAAUUGCAGAUGUUGCCUAUAGGGCAAUGAUUAAUGAAGGAAAGAGUAAUUCUAUUCUGGUCAGUGGUGAAAGUGGAGCUGGUAAGACUGAAACAACCAAAAUGCUUAUGCGAUAUCUUGCCUUUCUGGGUGGACGUAAAGGCACUGAAGGAAGGACUGUGGAACAACAGGUUUUAGAGUCAAACCCAGUCCUUGAAGCUUUUGGUAAUGCAAAAACUGUUAGGAACAACAAUUCCAGCCGUUUUGGUAAAUUUGUUGAGAUACAAUUUAACAAGAAUGGAAGAAUAUCAGGAGCUGCAAUUAGAACAUAUCUUCUUGAGAGAUCUCGUGUUUGCCAAGUUUCAGAUCCAGAACGCAACUAUCACUGUUUCUACCUCCUUUGUGCAGCACCACAGGAGGAAAUUGAGAAAUAUAAGUUGGGGAAUCCCAAAACAUUUCACUAUCUUAAUCAAUCAAAUUGCUAUGAAUUAGUUGGCGUUAAUGAUGCUCAUGAUUAUCUUGCAACAAGGAGAGCCAUGGAUAUCGUUGGCAUUAGCCAAAAAGAGCAGGAUGCAAUUUUCAGAGUUGUGGCUGCUAUUCUCCAUCUUGGUAAUAUUGAAUUUGCGAAGGGUAAAGAAAUUGAUUCAUCGAUCCUCAAGGAUGAAAAGUCUAAGUUCCAUCUGCAAACAACAGCAGAGCUACUUAUGUGUGAUCCUGUUGCACUGGAAGAUGCACUAUUGAAGCGUGUGAUGGUAACCCCUGAAGAAGUUAUCAAAAGAAGUCUUGAUCCAGAUGGUGCAACAGUUAGUAGGGAUGGUUUAGCAAAGACUACAUAUUCCCGUUUGUUUGAUUGGUUGGUGGACAAGAUUAAUGUCUCUAUUGGACAAGAUCCUAAUUCAAAAUCCCUUAUUGGAGUUCUUGACAUCUAUGGUUUUGAAAGCUUUAAACUUAAUAGUUUUGAACAGUUCUGUAUUAAUUUCACAAAUGAAAAGCUGCAACAACAUUUUAACCAGCACGUGUUUAAGAUGGAGCAAGAAGAAUACACAAAAGAAGAAAUUGAUUGGAGUUACAUCGAAUUUGUUGAUAACCAAGAUGUCUUGGAUCUUAUUGAAAAGAAACCAGGAGGUAUUAUUGCUCUCCUUGAUGAAGCCUGUAUGUUUCCCAAGUCAACUCAUGAAACGUUUUCUCAAAAGCUUUAUCAGACAUUCAAAUCCCACAAACGCUUCGUCAAACCAAAGUUGUCACGUACGGAUUUCACAAUUGCUCAUUAUGCUGGCGAGGUCCAGUAUCAAUCUGAGCAAUUUUUGGAUAAGAACAAAGACUAUGUUGUCCCUGAACAUCAAGAUCUGUUGGUUGCUUCCAAAUGCUCUUUCGUAGCUGGGCUUUUUCCCCCACUUCCUGAAGAAACUACUAAAUCUUCGAACAAAUCUUCCAAGUUCUCAUCCAUUGGUUCUCGUUUUAAGUUACAACUUCAACAGCUGAUGGAAACAUUGAACUCUACUGAACCUCACUACAUUAGAUGUGUUAAACCUAACAAUCUUCUGAAACCAGCUGUUUUUGAAAAUGCCAACAUCAUGCAGCAACUGCGUUGUGGUGGUGUUCUAGAGGCAAUCAGAAUCAGUUGUGCUGGAUACCCUACACGUAGGACAUUCUAUGAAUUUCUACUUCGGUUUGGUCUUCUAGCACCAGAGUUCUUGGAAGGGAAUACUGAUGAAAGGAUUGCCUGCAAAAAGAUUUUGGAGAAGUUGAAUCUGGCAGGAUAUCAGAUAGGAAAAACGAAGGUUUUCUUAAGAGCUGGUCAAAUGGCUGAACUAGAUGCACGAAGAGCUCAAAAGCUGAACAAUGCAGCUAAGACAAUCCAAAGGAAGACUAGAACUCAUAUUGCUCGGAAGCAUUUUCUUGCUUUGCAGGAGGCUGCAGUUUGUAUACAAUCUGUUUGUCGAGGAAGGCUUGCUUGUAAAGUAUAUGAUGGUAUUAAAAAGGAGGCAGCUUCACUUAAAAUCCAGGCAAACUUGCGUCGUCAUCUGGCCCGGAGGAAGUACACAAACAUAAAGCUGGCAGGAGUUGUACUGCAGACAGGAAUGAGAUCAAUGGCUGCACGAAAGGAAUUCAGAUAUAGCAGGCAAACCACGGCAGCAACUCUUUUGCAGGCCAAUUGGCGUGGUCAUAGAGCCUUCUCAUACUAUAAGAAACUUAUAAGAGCAGCCAUUAUAACACAAUGCAGAUGGAGGGGAAGGGUGGCUAGAAGAGAACUCCGAAAAUUGAAGAUGGCUGCAAGAGAAACAGGGGCUCUGCAACAAGCAAAGGAUAAGCUUGAAAAACAGGUGGAAGACCUUACCUGGCGAUUGCAGUUGGAGAAACGUUUAAGGACUGACUUGGAAGAGGCAAAAGGCCAGGAAAUAGCAAAGUUACAGCAAUCGUUGCAAGAUAUGCAAAGCAAAGUGGAUGAAUCUAAUGCAUUGCUCAUCAAGGAACGUGAGGCUGCUCAGAAGGCAAUUGAAGAAGCCUCUUCAAUUGUUAGAGAAACACCUGUUCCUGUUGAAGAUACUAAAAAGAUUGAUGCUUUAACUGCAGAAGUUGAAAAUUUGAAGACUUUGCUACAAUCUGAAACCCAAAGAGCCGAUGAUUCUGAAAGGAGAUGUGCGGAAGCUUUGCAGUCAAGUGAAGACAAGCGUCAGAAAUUAGAAGAAACCAAUAAAAGAGUUCAUCAACUUCAGGAAUCUUUGAACAGGCUUGAAGAGAAACUUUCCAACUUGGAAUCAGAAAACAAAGUUCUUCGCCAGCAGGCCCUUGCAAUGGCACAAAGUAAUAAGUUGCUAUCCAGCCGCUCAAGGUCAAUUAUGCAGAGGACUGAAAGUACAAAAACCAAUGUCGACCUACAUAGUGCUUCAAUGAAUGCAAGGGAUUCUUCAGAGGCAGAGGGAAGACCUCAGAAAUCGCUUAAUGAGAAGCAACAGGAGUAUCAGGACUUGCUCCUUCGCUGUGUUGCGCAGCAUCUAGGCUUCUCUAAGGGUAGACCAGUUGCUGCCUGCAUCAUAUACAAAUGCCUUAGACAGUGGCAUUCAUUUGAAGCUGAGAGGACAAGUAUUUUUGACAAAAUAAUCCAGACCAUCGGCCAUGCUAUUGAGAAGACUCAGGACAAUAAUGAUGUCUUAGCCUAUUGGCUAUCCAAUGCUUCAACAUUGUUGCUGCUGUUGCAACGCACACUGAAAGCUGGUGGCACUACCGGGGUGACUACUCAACACCGGCGAUCACCAUCAGCAACUCUGUUUGGGAGAAUGACACAGAGUUUCCGGGGAACUCCUCAAGAUGUCAACCUUUCUCUGAUUGAUGGUGAUUUGGCUCGUAGAGUGGAUAUUCUACGCCAGGUUGAAGCAAAAUACCCUGCGUUGCUUUUUAAACAGCAACUUACAGCUUAUGUGGAGAAAAUUUAUGGAAUGAUCCGUGAUAAUUUAAAGAAAGAGAUUUCUCCGGUGCUUGGGUUGUGCAUUCAGGCACCAAGACUAUCCAGAGCAACCUUGCUUAAGGGGACAGCACGCAUGCUUGCUAAUGCUGCUGCUCAGGAGAUCUUAAUUGCUCAUUGGCAAGGCAUUGUGAAGAGCCUAGGAAACUUUUUAAAUAUCUUAAAAGCUAAUCACGUGCCUCCCUUUCUGGUGCGCAAGAUUUUCACCCAAAUUUUUUCUUUCAUCAAUGUGCAACUCUUCAACAGCCUCUUGCUGAGACGAGAAUGUUGCUCGUUUAGUAAUGGAGAAUAUGUGAAGGCUGGGUUGGCUGAGCUGGAGCACUGGUGCUAUAAUGCUACUGAUGAGUAUGCUGGUUCAUCCUGGGACGAGCUUAAGCAUAUAAGACAAGCGAUUGGGUUUCUGGUUAUACAUCAAAAGCCCAAGAAGACGCUAGAUGAAAUAAGUCAUGAUCUAUGCCCUGUGCUUAGCAUUCAACAGCUCUACAGGAUCAGCACAAUGUACUGGGAUGACAAAUAUGGCACGCAUAGUCUUUCCCCAGAUGUUAUAUCCAACAUGAGGGUGUUAAUGACGGAAGACUCCAAUAAUGCUGUAAGCAGUUCUUUCCUGCUGGAUGAUGAUUCAAGCAUUCCAUUCUCUGUUGAUGACCUCUCCAAGUCAAUGGAUCAGAUUGAUGUUUUAGACAUUGAACCACCCUCACUUAUUCGUGAAAAUUCAGGGUUCAGCUUCUUACUGCCUGCCACGUCCUGACUAAAGAUGGGUUAAUUGAUCGCCAUCCAAUUCUUUGCUAAGACUUGAUAAAAAGAUAGUUUAAUCCCUGACUUGAUUAUUGGCCUAUUAAAUUGGAACCAUUGGCUUUUCCCAUCCUCAAAUGAUUCAUGGCAUGUCUUCUGCACUUUUGGUUUUGUUUC